AUGAAGCCGCCUACCCGAAUAGCGCUGCAAUCAGCAAUACGCCAAUACAUCCAAUCUACACACUCUACUCCAACAAAUCUUCCCUUAAUAACGCACCAACGUCAUAUCCACAUCACUUCCAGCGCACCCGCCACAGUCUCGCCAAUUCACGGCACCGGACCACCCCCCGAGCCUCCCAUCCCCGCUGCCGACAGCGCCAGUUCCCGGCUCGAGCGCCGCCGGAAACAUGCCGAACUCCUCGAGAAAGCACGAGAGAUCCGACAAUCCGAAUCCGCGCCAAGCGCAUCCGCCAAGAAGACUGGAGAAACUGCACGGCGCAAGAGAUUCUGGAAAGAUGUACAUGUGCACGAAGUCGACGGGGCUUGGGAGGUCCAUCUAGAUAAACGACCGCUACGCAGACCAAAUACCAAGGACAUCGUUAGACUGCCCCUAAGCAAACCCCUUCUCGCGAGCGCCCUAGCUAUAGAGUGGGACAUGUUAGUUUCCGUGCAGCAGACGACGCGGCAACACCUUAUUCCGCUAACGAGCCUCGUGUGUCGCGCGCUGGAUAUUGUGGACGACGAUGCGGCGCGAACGGGGAGCGAGAGUCUCCGCGAGGGGAUUGCCAAAAUGCUGUUAAGGUAUCUCGAUACGGACUCCUUGCUGUGCUGGGCGCCGCCGCCUCGACCUCACGAUUCGCUAGGCGAGGGCGCGGACACCCUACGCGACGUACAGAAGCGCGCGGCGGAGGAAGUCGUCGGAUACUUGACCAGCCGCGUGUGGCCGGGCAUCACGAUCGAGCCGGUGCUCGACGGCGAGAGCAUCAUGCCGCGCAGCCACCCGGAUAUCACGCGGCAGGUCGUGCAGGGGUGGAUGGCGGGGCUCAGCGCGUGGGAGCUCGCGGGGCUGGAGCGCGCUGCGUUGGCUGGAAAGGGGUUGCUAGGCGCGGCGAGGUUACUAGUCGAGUGGAGCGAGGGGCCGGUCGGCACGGGCUCCGGGGAGAAGAAAUUUGGCGUUGAGGAGGCGGCUAGGCUGGCGAGUAUAGAGGUUGAUUGGCAGACGGGGCGUUGGGGCGAGGUGGAGGAUACGCAUGAUGUGGAGAAGGAGGAUCUUAGGCGGCAGUUGGGGAGUACGGUGUUGCUCGUGACGGGGACGGGGAGGAAGUAG